GCUCCUGCCAGAAUAGUAUAUUUCAUUUUUAUUUCUUCGGUACUUAUGUGGAGCUAGGCUUUGAUUAUGCAGAAAUGAGUGCAGAUAUACAGCAGAUCACUGUGUUUGUCAUCAUUACUGUCCUCCUUUUCGUCAAUGCCUGGCUGCUUCUUCCACUUGCCUUCGGAUAGGAGGUAGGAUGGCUGCUCCAUUUUAAAAAUGGCACCAUGGCAGUAUUAUAGCAUAACAAAUCAGAGGAUAUUUGGGAAUUAUUUGGCAUGAGCUCUAUAAAUUGUUGCUUCUUGGAAUUUGUACAAGCUUUUAAUGACUGGUAAAUGCAAAGUUGAUCAUUUUAAUUGAAUAUCAUAAUCUAAAGAAGUCCAAAGUACAUUUAUAUAUUUUAUUGCCUUGGACGUUAUAUAUAAACCAUAACCAGGGUGUGUAUUUGCAAAGAUGGUUAAUUUACCCAUAUGCACCGCUUGUUCCAUCCAGUCAGCCUUUACUUAGCAGGUUGCUAGCUUAUCCAUGUAGCUAAUGUUUGUAGCACCACAUGGGGAAAUGACAUGAAUGAAUUAAAAUAUAGUCUCCCUUCUUAACUGAAACAAUAACAAGCUAAAAGCAAAAAAGUACAGAAAGGAUAGUGUUAAAUGGGUAAAUAUAGAAAACGACAACAGCAUGUGGAUAUUUUUAGCUAAAAUCCACUGACAGUAAACAGGCUUGACUCAGUCUGGAGGACGCGCGAGGGGCGAGCCGUAACCUAGCAACCAACAACCCCGAGAUUUAAGAUAAUUAAGCUUAAGAAAAAACUUUACAGUGAAUACAUGAAAUACAUCAGGAAUUAAAAUGGCAACUAUGCGCUGAAUAAAACUUGUAAAUAUCAGGCUAUGGUAGAUGUUUUAAAGACACUCAUUUAAAUACGGUCAAAGCUAUGGCGACGUUGUUAGCCGCUAGCUGACGUUAGCUGCUUGUUUGACGUUAGCCGCUAGUUAGCCGCUAGCCGCUAGCUGACGUUAGCCGCCUGGAGGUAAACACAGAGGAGCGGUCAGUGCUGGUGAGCGCGUCUGAGGAGAGGACAGCGCACCCCGGACAGACAGCUCUUGACCUUGGGGGAGGCUGCCAUGGAUCUAACGCGACUGGCUGUGGACGCUGGGCAAUUUAUUAACCGAGCCGUUCAGUACACAGGGGAAACCUUUGGCGCAGCAGAGAAGACUGAAUUGGAGCCAGAUAUAGAACGACUUCUGGCCAAGGCUGAUGCCACCAAGACUUGUACCGAUCAAAUCAUCAGCCAGACAGAGGCUCUGCUACAGCCAAACCCUGCUGCUCGUUUGGAGGACCGGCUAUAUGAGCAUCUCGAGUGGCGCCCUCCCCCUCGGCCCCGUAGCCUGGAGGUCCUGGGAGAGAUCAUGACCAGUGCAGGGCUUGAACUGGGCUCCAACACGCCGUAUGGUUCUGCUUUGGUCAAAUUUGGGGAGACACAAAAACAGUUGGGUGAAGCAGAGAGGAAGUUUGCACAUAGUACCAACAUCCACUUUAUAAUUCCACUGAGAAGUUUCACUGAGGGGGAAUACAGAACCUUACAGGAUGAACGCAGGACUUUAACAAAUAAGCGUCUGGACUUGGACAUUGCAAAGACGAGGCUGAGGAAAGCCCACGAGGCCGACAGGGAGGCCAGAAACCUCAAUUCAAACCCUCUGGAUGAAGAUUACUUGGCUCAUGUUUCAUAUAUGUUCAGCUUCAUUCGAGUGAAAUGGCUAAAGGUCGGUACAGUUCAAGCAGAGAUGGAGCUGAGGAUCUGCCAGAGUCUGUUCGAUCGACAGUCGGAGAUCACAAAGAGGCUCCUGACGGGGCUGGAUGACACACAUACGAACCACAUGCAAAGCCUGAAUGAAUUUGUGGAGGCUCAAACAUGUUACUUCGACGAGUGUAACCAACUUUCCCAAGAGCUGCAAAAACAACUGGAAAGUAUCCCCGCUGUAUUAUGCUCUAACAAUUGGCAGUCUGCAAUUACCAAUGGAGUUAAACAGACAUCAACAGACAAUAUUAUUUUGGAUGAGCUUAGAGGGUCGAACCAGGACAAUCCCAUAGUCCUCCAUCGGAUCCCGGAUUUCGACCAGGACUCUUGGACUGAACCCAAAAAGUUGCGACAUAACGGGACAGAUCCUCUUAGCCAAUCAAAUACUAACUUCAAUAAUAACAACCCAGCUACGACAGAAAGUCAAGCUAGCACCCACUGGCUAGCAUCCAACUCUCAAGUAACCAAUGGCAACAGUGCAUCGAAUUUAAAACCAAAAAGGCAUUUCUCACUUCUGCAAAGAACAGAUACGACAACUGUAAGCGAUGAACCGAGCGAUGAUUCGGAAACCAAUGACGAAGGCGGCGGCGUUACUUCUCCUGCAUUAAAUGACAAUAUAGCGGAGACGCCAAACGGUACUGAAGCUAAUUCAAUUGUUGCCAAUGGAGAUGACGAGGAAGCGCAAACGCCAAACAGUGAAGAAGACACCAAGGAGUCCUAACGAGUUUGUGGUUGUGUUCAUGUGAUCUCAUAAUCCUCAAGAGUUUGUCCAAGGAAGGAUCGUUGCCAUAGUAAAUAAUCAAAAUAUCGUAGCCUUUGAACGGGUAAAUGUCCUUCAAGUCAGGAAGUAGUGAUGUCACUGAAACCCUGGAAUAUUUGACAAUUGAGGUGGAGGGCAGCUAACAUUUUUGUGGUAGAAUUUGCCUUUUAACUUUUGUAUUUGCUGAUGUUUUGUCCUGGUUUUUGGUUAACAUCUCUGUGAUUACCAGGAAACAAAAUCUGGCAUAACUUCAAUGCCUUUUCUGUUUGCAAAAAUAAAUAAAGGUGAAGUAAUUUUAUAGCAUAACAUCAUAAAGUAGCUAUAUCAAGCUUCAAGAUUAUUAUGACAGCUUUGUAUACCCAAUCUGUCACAAAAUGAGUAAGGUUCAGUGCAUUUUGAUAUUCUGUUUGGAUAUUACUUCAAAAACAGUGACUCAACCCCUGCCCUCCAUCUGAAAUUCCUGAAACGUAUACACAACUUAACUUAUGCCAUAAAAAAAUCAUGUUUGUAUUUGUCUACACAGUGCAGUAGGGACUUCUUAUUAGCCUUUUAGCAUCUUAAACCAAGAGGAACAAACUUUAGCAUAGCGGUCAGUCAUAACUGUGCGGUUUAAUUAAUCCCAACAGGAGAUUAAUGUGAAGUGGAAGUGUUUCAAUAGUGCCAGUCUUUAGCCAUAUCAAUAUAUAAUUCAUAUUGUUUCAAAUGUGCUCUGCCUCAGGUUGUUUAUAAUGUAGCAGUCAAAUAACUAAAAGACACUGACUUUAUUGUGCCAUUUAAUAAGCUGUGUGCUGUAAGUAUUGUCAUCUGUGUUGUAAGUCUUGUGGGUUAAAAACUAGAGCCCAUUAAUUUGACUGUUGAACAUUUUAGUUGAGGGAUAAGUAAAUAUUUUUAAGGGAUUUCAUGGGGUGAUAAUUUGACACAUACUUGCUUGUUUGUUGAUGUUUUUGGAGCCACUGAAAACAACUUUAUACUAACUAGCUACUUGAAUUAUGUAACGUUUAACUAUUUUCUUAUUAUAUUUCUAUUUAUGUAAUUACUUGGCACCUUGAUGAGGUUUUCAGUUAUACCACAUGCAAAUUAUCUGCUCCAUUCGUUGAUAUAAUGUUUGAUUUGAAGAUUAAAUAUAAUUACUUUAUCAAUCAAUUAAAGGACCCAUAUUACGCCAUUUUCUGAUCUGUUAUAAUGUUGUUUCCUCAUCACAAACAGACCUGAAGUUGUGUUUUGUUUCAUUCACACAGAAACAGCAGAGACAGCAGAAAACACUCUGUUCCACCUUGUGAUGUCAUGUGGUAAUACAGGUGCUCCACUGUGUUUUUAAACUCCAUAUGCCUUCACUUGAAUCAUUUGGAUGAUUUCAGACAUGGAAUUAUCAAUCUGUACUGAACAAAAAGGGAAAAAUGAGCUGUUAACUUGACAACUACCUUUAGAUGACAUCACAAGGUGGAACAGAGCAUUUUGAGCUUUGAAGAUGUAGACAGACUAAUAAAGUGUUACAGUACAGAAACAAAACACAACUUCAGAUGUUUUUUAAGGAAUUAACAGCAUUAUAACUUGGCAUAAAGCUCACAAGAGUUAUUUUAUUACAGCUUCACGAUCAGGUUUUAAUUUUGAAUCAUUCCAGUUGGGGACUAAUCUAGAUUUUAUAGUGCUAUCUUAUUACAUAACACAAAGCGAUCCUCUGAAUUAGCUCACUUACUUGUUAAUACCGUACAGUGUUAGUCUAGUCUUGUACCUGACACGUUUACAGUUUACCCAUGAUGCACUAGCACUCUUUAAAUUAGGUGUAGGUGAAAUGCUGGCCCGUGUUGCUCAGCGCUGAGGUCAUUCUGUCCUCAUUCCAGACACACUAGCACCUGUGUCCUGCCAUGAGGCGACAGGCUAGGUGACAGCUAACACAGCAAUAACACGUACAGGAAAUCUCACUGUCAGUAGCAUGGGUGGGUCGCUCAACACAUUAAAAUUAUCCUCCCUUUGGUGAAACUUUCCAGGUUGCUUAUUUUGUAAUUGAAUCCGCAGGCAUAGUGCUAAUCUACCGAUGUCGUCAGGUCUAAUAUGUUUUUCUUCUAGUCACUGCACAUGUUAAGUGUACAUGUAUUAAACCGUAUGUCGAAGCU